AUGACAACUAGAGGUGGUGUUGCCAAGGCACAGAAGGGUCUUCAUUUGAACGAGGAUAUCUUCGGUGGUAUGACUGCUUUCCAAAGAGGCGGUAGAAUUAAGCAUUCCGAGUACUACCAAUGUGGUAAAGGUCGUGAUCUUGGUUUCGGUACUAUUCUCAAUUUCCAGACCAAGAUCGGUACCGGUAUGGGUGAACAAAUGAUUUCUAGAGAGUAUUAUUACCUCGGCACCCAAUUGCCUAUGGACAGGUUCCUCACUUUCUACUACGGUCAUGGUGGUUUCCACGUGAACAACAUUCUCGUAAUUUUCUCCGUUCAGAUCAUUACCACGACAAUGGUUUACCUUGGUACACUGAAUGAGACGCUGGAUAUCUGUGAAUAUUCUUCUUCUGGUGAUUACCUUGGUGGACAACCAGGUUGCUAUAACUUGUCACCGCUCUUUGGCUGGAUCGAAAGAACCAUCAUUUCCAUUUUCUUGGUUUUCAUGAUCGCUUUCUUGCCAUUGUUCCUUACAGAGCUAACUGAGAGAGGUGCAUUCAGGGCUGUAGUCAGAUUAGCCAAACACUUCUUGUCGCUUUCGCCACUUUUCGAGGUCUUCUCUACGCAAAUCUACCGUCACUCCAUCGUUACUUCAUUGACAUUCGGUGGUGCUAGAUAUAUCGCUACUGGUCGUGGUUUCGCAACAUCUAGAAUCAGUUUCCCUAUUUUGUUCUCUAGAUUCGCUGGUCCAUCGAUCUACAUGGGUAUGAGAACGUUGAUGAUGUUGCUCUUCGUAACGUUGACUAAUUGGAUUCCACACAUUAUCUACUUCUGGAUUUCGUCGUUGGCAUUGACUAUCGCGCCAUUCUUGUUCAAUCCACAUCAAUUUUCCCGCAGCGACUUCAUUAUUGACUACCGUGAAUUCUUGAGAUGGAUGAGCAGAGGUAACUCACGCUCGCACGCCAACUCAUGGAUCGGCUACUGUCGUCUUUCGCGCACUCGUAUCACAGGGUACAAGAAAAAGCGUCUUGGUCACCCAUCCGAGAAGCUUUCAGGUGAUGUUGCGCGUGCAGGCUGGCGCACAGUCAUAUUCAGUGAAAUACUCUGGCCGAUUUCGAUGGCAAUUAUUUUGGCAGUAGCGUACAUGUAUAUGGAAUCGUUCCCAGUCAACGGUAACCAGCAAGGCAGUGCGUUUGUCAGAGUGCUCAUUUUCGCAUUCGGUCCGGUCGUAUGGAACGCGGCAAUUCUCGCACUUGGAUUCCUCACAUCGCUUUUCCUCGGUCCAAUGCUCACACGCGUAAUGCCAAAGUUCCCUGCAGUUAUUGCUGCGUCAGUGCACUGUCUCGCUGUGCUUGGAUUGCUCGGUUUCUUCGAGUUUAUUUGGUAUCUGGAGAGAUGGAGAGUGGCAAACAUUGUCAUUGGUAUGCUUGCAGCUAUCGCUAUACAGAGAGCGUUUUUCAAGACGAUUAUUUCACUUUUCCUCACUCGUGAGUUCAAGAACGACGAGGCUAAUAGGGCUUGGUGGAGUGGUAGAUGGUGGUCGACAGGUCUCGGUCGCCAUGCAUUCUCUCAACCGUUGAGAGAAUUCCUCGUGAAGAUUGUCGAGUGUUCACUUUUCGCAGCUGACCUUAUUUGCUGUCAUAUAAUACUCAUUGGGCUGUCUAUUCCACUGCUCAUUCCUUUCAUUGACAAGAUUCAUUCAACGGGCUUGUUCUGGCUUAGACCUUCUAAGCAGAUCCGCCCACCAAUUUUCUCAUUCAAGGUGCGCGCUCAGAGACGUUCAAUUGUACUCCGCUACUCGUUACUCUACCUUGCUGUAGUAUGCUGCUUGGCUGCGCUGAUUGUCGUACCACUAGUAAUUAAGAACCAGGUAGACUUUUCGUGCGAUAUCUGCCAACGUAUCUAG